AUGGCCCCGUCUACACGUACGAGGCGCCACCGGACGGCAAAGGAGGACAGUACCUUGAAAUCCGUGGCCUUCUUCAAUACGUUGUCCUGGACAGGAGGCGAGGAUGCCGAUGAGAGGACAAAAGACCGAGAACGGCAGCAUGCCGAUUCCGCUUCACCCAACAGGAACUCGUUAGACAGUCUACGGCCUGGCAAUUAUUUUGAGGCUCCCGAGUCACCGGUCACAGAAACUCGACAAUCGUCGCGUCACAAUCUGGAUUCGCCUUCCAAACAACUUGCAAUGGAGGAAGAGUCGAUUAGCGAUGACAUUGUCGUCGACGGAUCAGAAGGGGAGGAAGAAGAAGAAGAAGAAGAAGAUGAUGAUGAUGAUGAACAAGAACAAGAACAAGAAGAAAACGACGAUUUCGCACUGAAAAAGGAACCUGUCGAUGAAAAUGAGGAUGACGGCGAAGCAGAUGAUGGGGAAGAGGAGAACGAGGCCGACCAAGGCAGUUCUUCUAGUAGCGACAGCUCGAUUUCCGAAUCGGCAGGGAAUGAUCACCGCGGGACGCUCGCACCAGUAGUAGCGAUGCCUCCCUUAAAAUACUUGGAGAAGGACCUUUUAAGCGAAUCGAGUGAAGCCGAUUGCACACCUCAAGGCACGGAUAAUCCUGAUGAGAAAGAUGGUAGUAAAUCUGACGACAACGAAGAAAACUUAGUCGAAGAAUCUCAGAGGUCAGAGGAAAAUGAGCCCCAGAGUGGCUCUGAAUAUAAUGAUUCUGAAAGUGAUCAAUCGGGCAGCGAACAGGAGGAAAGAUUCGAGACGCCUCCCCAGCAACUGCGAAACAAUCGCCCUGGUUCUGAAAAUCAAAACGAUACCCUAAGACGAGGUUCCCGGACUACAACUGUGGCAUCACCUAAGAAUCUCAAAAGAACACAAAGACUUAGCUUAAAUGAGCGAGCUUCGAAGAGCCCACGGGUAGAUGUUCGAACUAGCCAUUCUGCCUCUGCCGACCCCUCUAAUUCGCCUGUACAAGGGUAUGUUGAGUGGGAGUAUGAUAUGGAAGCCGAAAACCAACCUCAACACGAUACCACAGUGGAUGCUGAUGACCAAUUGUUCGAGGAAGCUACCCAGGUAAUGGGCCUUGAACGAAGCUGGAAGCGCCUGGUGAGCGGAUGUCACGAGCUCCGAACCAGAGACUCCCAUAUACGGCCAAUUUUCCACGGAAUUGAAAGCCUUCGAGGACACAUUUUUAAUAUGCAGGAAUUGUACAAGCAGAUGCAAGAAGACCGACGUACUGGAGCAAUCUCCGUCGAUUUAAAGGACGAUCUACAAAAACACGCGGAUUUCGUGCGCGACAAGUCCAUUGCGAUUCUCACAAAGCUAGUGAAACGGGCCAAUACUGCCAAGGAGGCUGAUAAUUGGGAUAUGAAAGAUGAAGCCUCGACAUUGGCUGAGGUAAUCGUAUUGGACGUGGUUCCUGAGCUUGGUGAUCUGGCGAAAGAGUGUCUGAAGGCCUACUACUCCGAAUCCACUCUCGUCGAGGGAGGUUUUGUUGCUGUACUUGAGAUUUUUGACAUGAUGCGACUACUCGACGGCAAGAUUUUCUCAUUGAAAAGCUGUUACCGCAUCAACAUUCUCGAUUAUGGGCGGGACAUUCGAGCAGCGCUUAGCAACCUCUGGAAGAGGUUAAACCAAGGCGAGUUUUACGCUAGACAGCAGAAACGCCGACAACCGGCUCCAAAACAGCGUCCGUGGACGGAAGACGAAGAAGCUGCCGUCAUCGAGGGCCUGAAACUGUACGAAGGCGAGGAGCAACGCUUCCAGUACCUGGCGGAAGACUAUGCCGCCGAGCUAGGUGGUCGAAGUGAAAACGAAAUUCGGAAGAAAGCCAGAGAGCUGUACGAUGACUACCUCCAGGCCAAAAAUGUAUCGUUGACAUGGCUGCUGGAGGACUAA